AAAAAGAAAUUCAAUUAGUCUUCGAUUCAAUUUCUUCCAAUCUCUCGAUAUCGAUCUCUAUACAAAUCGUGAAAAAUGGGUUUGCCGGUGACGGAUCCGAUGACACAAUUGAGUUUACCGCCGGGAUUCCGGUUUUACCCGACCGACGAGGAGCUUCUGGUGCAGUAUCUUUGCCGGAAAGUCGCCGGACAUGAUUUCAGUCUUCAGAUUAUUGCAGAUAUUAAUCUAUACAGCUUCGAUCCAUGGGAGUUGCCAAGUAAGGCGAUGUUUGGGGAGAAAGAAUGGUACUUUUUUAGUCCAAGAGAUCGAAAGUAUCCGAAUGGGUCUCGACCCAAUAGAGUAGCCGGGUCGGGUUAUUGGAAAGCCACCGGAACUGAUAAGGUGAUUACCACCGGAGGUCGAAGGGUUGGGAUCAAGAAAGCUUUGGUGUUCUAUGUGGGUAAAGCUCCGAAAGGAAACAAAACCAAUUGGAUCAUGCAUGAAUAUCGGUUGUCGGAGCCGCCACGAAAAACCGGUAGCUCAAGGUUGGAUGAUUGGGUUCUUUGCCGGAUUUACAAGAAGAAUUCUAGUGCACAGAAACAGAUUUCUGGUGCACCGAGCACCGAACAGAGCCACGGUUCAUCUUCAUCGUCUUCAUCUCAGUUCGACGACGUUCUCGAAUCGCUGCCGGAGAUUCAAGACAAAUUCUUCAAUUUACCAAGAGUUAAUUCCAUCAAGACUUUCCAACAAGAAGACCAAAAGCUGAACCUUCAAAAAUACGAUUCCGGUAACUACGAUUGGGCCAGCAUCGCUGCAUUUGGGUUGCCGGAAACUCAAGCUCCACCACAACUGAACACCACCACCGCCACCGCCACCGCCACCGCCACCGCCACCGCCAUGAAUAAUGUUUUCCCUUCAAUGUCACCCACAUACACCACGGAUAUAAAGUUUGGAAGAUCAUUAGAAGACGAAGUUGAAAGUGGGAUCCGAAGCCAACGGGUCGAGAAUCCGGGUUACUUUCAAUCGAACUUAAACCCGUUUGCACACAGCCAAAGCCAGAGUUUCUCGAAGACGAUGGAUCCGUAUGGGAUCCGGUACCCGACCCAACAAGCAAGCCUGGGUUUCAGGCAGUGAAAUGAAAUUCAAGGGGGCGCUGUGUAAAUAGAUGAUUCUAUAGGGAGCUUUGGGUAUAGAUUGCAGGAGUUGGGGGGGUUAAAUGGAACCCAAUUUUGAUGCCAUUUAAAUUAAAAAAUUAAAUUAAAAAAAAAGUUGGGGAAAUUAAGGAAUGGCAUAUUCAACGUAGGUAGAUACUCUCUUGUUCGAUGUAAUUUCAUUACGAGAAUUGAAUAGUUGUCAAUUUGUGUUGGAUCUUUGA